AUGACCUUCGGCCGGACAUUCAACGUAGUUGGAGCGCACUGCGGCGGCGAAGUCUGCGAUGUCGUCGUCGGCGGCGUUCUCGAUGCGCCCGGGAAAACAAUGUUCGAGAAGAUGAUGCAUUUCUGGAAAAAGAGAGACAACCUUCGGAACCUUCUCCUUAACGAACCCCGUGGCUCAUCGUCCAUGUGCACCAACCUGGUUCUUCCGCCCUGCAACCCGGAAGCUGACGCCGGCUUUAUCAUCAUGGAACAUGAAGAGUAUCCGCCCAUGUCCGGUGCGAACACCAUCGCGACAAGCACCGUCCUCCUCGAAACGGGCAUGGUGCCGAUGCAAGAGCCUCUUACUACUCUGAAGCUGGAUACAGCCGCGGGGUUGGUUACAGUCACAGCCGAGUGCGAGGCCGGAAAGGCGAAGUACGUCGAGUUCCAAAACGUUCCGGCAUUUGUGUAUGCUUUGGAUUUGGACAUUACUGUCCCUGGAUUUGAUAAGCCUGUCAAGGUCGACAUUGCGUAUGGAGGGAUGUGGUAUGCGCUUGUGGACGCUGCCUCGGUUGGUCUUCAGAUUGCAUCAGAGAAUGGACGUGAGCUAGUCGAAGUGGGCGAGCGCAUCAAGAGAGCUAUCCAGGCGCAGACAGACCCGAUACACCCGGAAAACCCUGAGAUUAGGGGUGUUACCGUUUUUGAGUUUACCAACCCUCUUGUCAGCUCGGGUAACAAUAAGGAGGCUGUCAACACGGUCGUGGUUUCGCCCGGUCGGUUGGAUCGCAGCCCCUGUGGAACGGGUACGUGCGCGCGACUUGCCGUGCUACACAAACGGGGACAACUCGCCGGGGGCGAAUCGUUUGUUCAUCGCAGUGUGAUUGGAACCGAGUUCAUUGGGACAGUCAGGAGUGAAGCUAGGGUUGGGGAAUACGAUGCUAUUGUGCCGGCGGUUAAGGGAAGUGCUUGGAUUACUGCCUUCAAACAGGUUCUACUUCACCCCACGGAUCCUUUCCCAGAGGGUUUCAGAGUUGGAGAUAAGUGGCAUCUUAGCUAG